ACGCAUGACGAAAAGGGGCUGCUUAAAAAAUACGACAAGGAAGUGGACAUUGAGGAACGUCGGCUCAAUCAUACUGAAAAGAGUAAAAUACAUAUAUUUAUUUGUUAGAUCUUGAAUUUUGUCGUAAGGGUCGGGAGGGUACAGUCGGCUCGGACUUACCCGGAAACCCGCUGCUGGCCAUUUUAGCUGCAAUAACAGCGGAUACAGCGAUGAACACAGACGUGGAAUUUCACAUCAGGCAAAAUUAUCCGUGGAACAAGCUGCCAGCCAAUGUCAAGCAGAGUCUUGGAAACUCACAGAGGGAGUAUGACAAGCAGGUCUUGCUGUACAGCAUACGAAACCAGCUGCGGUUCCGCAAUAACCUGGUCAGGCACGUGAAGAAGGAUGAGCGGAACUACUACGAGGAGCUGCUGAAGUACAGCCGUGAGCACCUGAUGCUGUACCCGUACCAUCUGUCCGACAUCAUGGUUAAAGGGCUGCGGGUCACUCCCUUCUCCUACUACAUCAGCAUCAUGGAGGACAUUAUGAACAGCGAGAAGAGCUACGACUCUCUGCCCAACUUCACUGCUGCUGACUGUCUGAGGCUUCUCGGCAUUGGGCGGAACCAGUACAUCGAUCUGAUGAACCAGUGCAGGUCAUCCAAAAAAUUUUUUCGGAGAAAAUCAGCAAGGGACCUUCUGCCAGCCAAACCAGUGGAGAUCUCAGUGGAGCCGUGGUGGGUAGCGCAAACCGGAUACAUCACCGAGGACGACAUAAGGAUCUGUUCUUCAGCGGAGAAGAGGGCCAUUGAUAAGAUGAUUGAUUCCGGACCCCAGCUGGCUGGAUCUAUGGAGUACAAUGUGGUUCUCAGUCUGUAUAACAGGGGCUUUAUAUACCUUGAUGUACCCAUAUCUGAUGACAGCUGUAUAUCAGUGCCACCUCUGGAGGGGUUCGUCAUGAACAGGGUCCAGGGCGAUUACUUCGAGACUCUGUUGUACAAAAUCUUCGUAUCCAUUGAUGAGCAGACCAACGUCUCUGAGCUGGCGAACGUGCUGCAGAUUGACCUGGGCCUGGUGAAGAAUGCUGUGUCCAUGUACUGCCGACUCGGUUUUGCCAUCAAGAAAGGUCAGGUGAUCAGCCCUGACCAGCUGCACCCGUCAUGGAAAAGCGCUCCCUCUGUCAACAGACUAAAGGGCACUAUGGACCCUCAAAAGAUGCUGCUAUCCUGGGAAGGAAGCAGUCCAGUAAUGGAGGCUGGUUCCUCCGCUACAGACACAGACACCACCAGUUUGGAGGACCAAGACGCCGUGAGCGUGAGCAGUUUAAGUAUUCCUGCUGCCCCUACCAAGAGAAUCGCCUUCCUGUUCGAUUCAACCCUCACAGCCUUCCUCAUGAUGGGCAACCUUUCCCCUAAUUUAAAGAGCCAUGCAGUGACCAUGUUUGAGGUGGGGAAGCUGUCGGAUGAGACCCUGGACAGUUUUUUAAUGGAACUGGAGAAGGUGGAGAGCACUGCUGAAGGAGAAGCUCAGAGGUAUUUUGAUCAUGCACUUACCCUCAGGAACACAAUACUAUUUCUGCGCUACAACAAAGAGCUCACUCCUGAUCAGGGCCCCGACAUACCAAAUAUAGGCCUGCCUCUGGACCUCCUCCGAUGUGAGAGUCUGCUGGGAUUGGAUCCUGCCACCUGCAGCCGGGUGCUGAACAAGAACUACAAGCUGCUGGUUUCCAUGGCGCCGCUAAGCAACGAGAUCCGGCCAAUCAGCAGCUGUACACCUCAGCACAUUGGGCCAGCAAUCCCCGAGGUCAGCUCCAUUUGGUUUAAGCUGUAUUUGUACCAUGUGACUGGCCAGGGCCCUCCUUCUCUGCUGCUGUCCAAGGGCUCUAGACUACGGAAACUACCAGAAAUCUUCCAGGCUUAUGACCGGCUCCUCAUCACGUCCUGGGGUCAUGACCCUGGUGUGGUUCCCACGUCAAAUGUCCUCACCAUGUUGAACGAUGCCUUGACUCACUCUGCGGUGCUCAUACAGGGUCAUGGCAUGCAUGGUCAUGGGGAAACGGUUUAUAUCCCCUUCCCUUUCGAUGAAGAAGACUUCAAAGGAGAAUUCUCCUAUUCCAACAUGUGUGCUCACAAGGCCCUGAAGGUCCUGCGUGAAAAAGUGGAUCUGGAGCACCAGUGUGGCUACAUUACAAUGUUAAACUGUAACAACAGGAACCGCCGCAGGCCUAGUGACGCAGAUGCAGCCGGAGAACCCGAGUUUGGUACAGGGUUUGAUGCCAACGGGAGCAGCGAGUCUUUUGAGCUGGUUACUGAGGAGAACAACGGGGACGGCAGUAAGAAGCAGGGAACAGAGGGGUCUUCCUGUGAGGAUGAGUGGGUUCCUCUGGAGCUGUGCUUUGGAAUGCCGCUGUUCAGUUCAGAGCUAAACCGUAAAGUGUGCGAGAGGAUCGUCUCACACAAACUCUGCAGCAAAGACAGUCUUCAGGAGCUACUACAUUCCAGUCGAAAGCUGUCCUUGAAAGUUCUGAGCUUUGUCCAAUCAUUCCAAGACUGUAACCAUUCCAGUGACCCGGACAGUGGGGUAUCAGGGCCUCUCUGCCAGCCGCCGGCUGAGACCGGUGUCCCCCUCCCUGCCAUAAACCUCCUCUUUAAGGACGGGCAGCUGAAAGAGUGGAGCGGCCGAGCCCCACCUUCCCUCCAGCUCUCCAGCAUACAAAGAGACCAGCCUACAUAAAACCACACCCCCCACCUCUCUCUCACUGUCUCUCUCUCUCUCUCUCUC